AUGGCAGACAUCCAAGCACUCGAACAGCGCUUCGAAAGCAUCUCGGUGCAGGAUGAGAACUACAACAACCCAGCGCCAACAGCGCAGCACAAGGCGAAGCAGGGUGCGCCCAGCACAACCAUCUCCCUCUCCAACCUUUCCGCAACAACGACAUCAGCGCAGCAAAGCCGCCUCAAACUCCCCCUCCAAAAAUUACCGCCCAACGCCGCAGCAGGCAAAGCAGCGCCACCUCCCCCAACUAGCAGCAACACAACCACAACCGUUACAAAAAUCACCCUCCCCUCCCAAGCCGCCCAACAACAACGAUCCAGCACCGCCGACUCGCGCCCCUCCGAAACCGACACCCUCACCCUUGCACCCCGAAUCAUACCCCAACCUCAACUACCCAAACAAUUCCACCUCGGCCUCUUCGAAAUCGGCAAACCCCUGGGCAAAGGCAAAUUCGGCCGCGUGUACCUCGCGCGCGAACGCAGCAACAACUUCAUCUGCGCCCUCAAAGUCCUGCACAAAUCGGAACUGACGCAGGGCAAAGUGGAGAAGCAAGUCCGGCGGGAAAUCGAGAUCCAAUCCAACCUCGCGCACCCCAACAUUCUGCGCCUGUACGGCCACUUCCACGACACGAAGCGGAUUUUCCUCAUCCUCGAGUUCGCGGGGCGGGGGGAGUUGUAUAAACACCUGCGCAAGGCGGGCAAGUUUCCCGAGUGGCAGGCGGCGCAGUAUGUGGCGCAGAUGGCGAGUGCGUUGCGCUAUUUGCAUGGCAAGCAUGUGAUGCAUCGGGAUAUCAAGCCGGAGAAUAUAUUGGUGGGGAUACAUGGGGAGAUUAAAAUCUCCGAUUUCGGGUGGAGUGUGCAUGCGCCGAAUAAUCGGCGGAAUACCAUGUGUGGGACGCUCGACUACCUGCCCCCCGAGAUGAUCAAACCGGGCAGGGAGGAGAACUGGUACAGUGAGAAGGUCGAUUUGUGGAGUCUGGGCGUAUUGACGUAUGAGUUCUUGGUUGGCGAGGCGCCGUUUGAGGAUACGCCUGUUAUGACUCAACGGAGGAUUGCGAGGGGUGAGAUGACGAUUCCGGCGUUUGUGAGUGCGGAGGCGAGGGAUUUGAUCAGGCGGUUGUUGGUGUUGGAUCCGGAGAGGAGGAUUCCGUUGGAGGAGGUGGAGGUGCAUCCGUGGAUUGUGAAGCAUUGCGUGAAGGGCGAGCGGGCGUAUCAGAGGGCGAGUGGGGAGCUUAAGAAGGAGAGGGGUGGGGUGUAA